UUCUGGGUAUUUUUUGUUUUCUUGUGUUCUGUUUCGAGGUUUCAACAAUGGCGGUUUCAGGGUUUGAAGGGUUUGAGAAGCGUUUAGAGCUUCAUUUCUUCGGUGAUGAUCCGUUGGAAAACAUGGGUCUUAGGCUAAUUGAUUUUGAAUCACUUGAACAAGUCCUCCAUGCCGUCCACUGCACUGUCGUCUCCGCCGUCGGCAACCAUUUCUUCGAUGCUUAUGUCCUCUCGGAAUCGAGUUUGUUCGUUUAUCCGACGAAGAUCAUCAUCAAAACCUGUGGGACGACUCAGCUUCUCAAAUCGGUUCGUCCAUUGAUUCACUUCGCCGGCAAGCUUAACCUCACAUUAUGCGAGUGUCGUUACACCAGAGGAAGCUUCAUUUUCCCCAAAUCACAGCCUUUUCCCCAUACCAAUUUCAAAGAAGAAGUCAUUUACAUCGAGGAAAAUCUCCCGAACAAUCUUGUUUACAGGAAAGCCACCGUUAUGCCGUCGAAGAACCCUUCGUAUUCGUGGCAUGUCUUCACCGCCGCAGACCAGAAUCACCAUCUCCGUCGGAACCUUAAUUCCGACGUCACGUUCGAAGUUUGCAUGACGGAGCUCGACCGCCAUCUGGCGCGCAAAUUCUUCAAAAAGACCGUUGAUUGCAAAACAGGGGAUUUGGCGGGAAAAGAGAUGACGGAGUUGACGGGGAUCGACGACAUAAACCCUGAUGCUUUCAUUUGUGAUUUCGCGUUCGAUCCUUGCGGUUACUCAAUGAACGGAGUCGACGGCGAUCGUUACUCGACGAUUCACGUUACGCCUGAAGACGGUUACAGUUACGCUAGCUUCGAGUGCGUCGGCUCCAUUUAUGAUGACGACGUUGAUAUUGUCGAGACCUUAAAGAAAUCUGUUCAGGUUUUCAAGCCGGCGACGGUUUCGAUUUCCACGACGAGUAACAGCCGUGAAGUCUGGACGAAGGUGGCGCGUGCUAUGGAACCGUUGGGUCUCAAAUGCCGGACUUUCGCAAUGGAUGAGUUCCCCGCUGCCGGUAUCGUUGUUUUCCAAACGUUCACCUCGACAAAUCGCCGGAAAUAACAUCGGAAAAA